AACUGACGCCCGGGAGGGACCCUGUAAGUCCACGUUAUUAUCCCAUCCUGAACCGGCGAGGAAACUGGCGGCGUUGCGUUCAUAGGAUAUACAGCAGUCAAUCAAAAACAAACGUCCCCAAACUAUUGCAACUUUGUCGCGUCAGGUGGACAGACACGCGUUGCGUUGCUGUGUGUUGAGCCGGCCAUCAUGAUGAGGCCUGGUCAGCUGUGUGUUCUGGUCCCAGCUUCCACUACCCUCCUCUUCUUCCUGGUCCUAUCAGGAUCUUCUCAGACCAGCGCCUGUAACAAGGCCCUCUGCGCCUCCGACGUCAGCAAGUGCCUCAUACAGGAGCUGUGUCAGUGUCGUCCAUCCGAUGGGAACUGUUCAUGUUGUAAAGAGUGUCUGCUCUGUCUGGGGACACUGUGGGAGGAAUGCUGUGACUGUGUCGGGAUGUGUAACCCUAAGAACUACAGUGAUACUCCAGCCACCUCCAAGAGCACAGUGGAGGAACUCCAUCGACCAAUCCCCUCGCUGUUCCGAGCCCUCACGGAGGGCGACGCCCCUAUCAACAUGAUGGUGGUGUCCUUUCCCGUUGCCGAGGAACUAUCUCACCAUGAGAACCUGGUCUCUUUCCUAGAGACGCUUGACGACCAGCACCAGAACAUAUCGCUCCCCGCCAACAGCAUCCACGGCAGCUACGACACUCAAGAUAACAUGUGUACGGUGGUCUACUUUGACGACUGCGUAUCCAUCCGCCAGUGUAAACUAUACUGUGAGUCGAUGGGAGGGUCGAAGUACCGCUGGUUCCACAACGCCUGCUGUCAGUGCAUCGGCCCGGAGUGUCUGGACUACGGCAGCAAGGCCGUGAAGUGCAUGAACUGUCUGUUCUGAAGACUGACUGUGGAUGGAUCUAUGAACUGUCUGUUCUGAAGACUGACUGUGGAUGGAUCUAUGAACUGUCUGUUCUGAAGACUGACUGUGGAUGGAUCUAUGAACUGUCUGUUCUGAAGACUGACUGUGGAUGGAUCUAUGAACUGUCUGUUCUGAAGACUGACUGUGGAUGGAUCUAUGAACUGUCUGUUCUGAAGACUGACUGUGGAUGGAUCCAUGAACUGUCUGUUCUGAAGAC